AUGGAUAGGAGAGGGAGAACUGGUGGCAUGGAUCCGAUCAUGAUGGAGUUCUCAGACGUUUGCCGGCAUUUUCUUGGAAAAUUCGGGGAAUACCUCGCCGUAAUCUUCUCAGUGAUUGUUCUACUCGGUGGCAUCAUGGUCUAUUGGGUUCUUAUGUCGAACUUCCUCUACUACACAGGAACCGUUGUUUACGCCAAACAGCUCGACUAUCCCUAUUAUGGAGAACAAGACCUUCACCUGCGAUGGUGA